UUACCCUAUCUUAAUCUCUUUUCUUCGUAGUUGUGUUUGAGUACAUGCGAAAAUUACCGCUAGUAACCUUUUUUUUCUGGCAUUUUUAUUGUUCUAAAUUUUUAAAAAAAUUGUUUUGUUUUCACUUAGUCUUUUUCUGUAUUUUGGUGUUUCCAGAAGACACAAAACAGUCUAAGCAAUGGAGCUGAUUGGAAACAGAUACAAAGGAAAAAUAAAAAAUGGAAGGAUGGAAGGUGAUGGAGAAUACACCUUUCCCACGGAUACUAAGUAUGUGGGAGAGAUAAAAGACGGGAAGUUUCAUGGCAAAGGCGUGCUGUACUUUACAAAUGGAAGUAAAUAUGAAGCCACCUGGGAGGAAGGCAUAGCUAUAGACGGGACAUUUAUCUUCCCUGAUGGUCUGGUGUACCGGGACAAGAACUGGGACUACUGUGAUGGUUAUGACAGACGUUUCUAUACUGAAAGAUGCUAUGGAUUCAUACCACCAGGAGAAACUCAGCUGACAAAUGUACACCCACCACCACUUAUCCCUGAUGGCUGCUACGAUUGUGCAGAUGGUUUCUAUGACCCAAAAAUCAGAGUCAUCACUACCUACGCUGGCGAAUUCCUCAGAAAUGCAGAUGACAAUGAACAUGAGUGGAUAGUGAGCACAUGUCGCAGGGCUUGGGAUGUGCCUUUAACUGAUAUUCCUCUACAAACCUCUCGCAAGCAGAUCUGAGGAGAACAGCAAGAUUGUCUUAAUAGUGUUUUAAAUUGAGCUGUUUCACAUAAACUGAGCUGUGGGGUUUUCUCUCUUCCUUUAUUGUACUCAAGACAUAGCUGAAUAAAUGAAUAGAAUUGUAAUCAAAGUUGUUUUUUCUUUGAGAUGUUUUUUUUAAUCAGCAAAAUGCUCUCUUUCCUUCUCAACAUUAAGGCUCUUCCCACCUGCAGGAUUGUGUGUUUCAGUACUAAUGUACCUUUAUGCCUAUGAAAUCAGUUCACUUAAAGUUAAACACUUUAGUUGUUGCAGCAACUGAAAUUCAUUAUUUGCUCCUAUUGAACAAACUCUUCAAGGCCUAAGCAAGCACUAAAGCCAAAAUUCAUUUUCUAAAAGAUUCAUUCCAUACUUUUAUUCUCUAAAAAUGCAGUUAGAAGUUAGA